AUGGUCCAUGAGGUUGGUCUGCAGAUAGAAUUCAUUGGCAACAUGGAAAGAGAGAACCAAACCAGCCUGAAAGAAUUCAUUUUCUUGGGACUGUCAGAUGACCCUAAACUCCAGACUCUCCUUUUUGCUACAGGGCUUUUGAUCUAUAUGCUCACCUUGGCUGGGAAUCUGGCCAUCAUCAGGUUGGUACAGGUAGACCAGCACCUCCACACCCCCAUGUACUUCUUGCUGAGCAAUCUAUCAUUUACUGAGAUCUGCUACAUCACUACCACCAUGCCAAAGAUGCUGUGGGACCUCCUGUCCAAGAAGAAGACAAUCUCUUUUGCUGGCUGCAUGCUCCAAAUGUAUUUCUUUCUGACCACAGCAGCCACAGAAGGUGUUCUACUCUCUGUCAUGGCCUAUGAUCGCUAUGCUGCCAUCUGCCGCCCAUUGCACUACACCUUGCUGAUGAGCCAGCCUGUGUGCAGGUGGCUUCUGGCAGCAUCCUGGGCUAUUGGGAAUAUCAACGCCAUGGUCAACACCACGUUUGUCUUCUCCCUGAACUUCUGUGGUUCUAAUCAGAUAGUGCAUUUCUUUUGUGACAUCCCACCUGUCCUGCAUCUCUCCUGCUCUGAUACCUCCCUCGCUGAGCUAGUGACUUUCAUAGUCUCUGGGAGCAUAAUGACCAUCACAGUCUCCUUAAUCGUCCUCUCCUACAUCCUCAUUGUCUCAUCUGUGCUCAAAAUCCAUACAGUUCAGGGUAGAAUCAAGACAUUCUCCACUUGUGCCUCACAUCUCACUGUGGUUAGCAUCUUCUACAGCACAGCUAUCUUUACCUACAUGCGUCCUUCUUCCAGUCACUCUAUGGAGCAGGAUCGCCUCAUCUCUGUGUUGUACACCAUCAUCACUCCUUUGCUGAACCCUCUGAUCUACAGCUUCAAGAACAAGGACAUGCAGGCAGCACUUCGUAAUGUUCUCAGAAAGAAAGGAUGUCGUUAA